AUGGCGUUCGACAAAGAAAUGUUCGACAAAUUAAAGAAGGAAUGGCCAGAAAUUCAAGGAGACUUCGCGCCGGACAUGUGGAAGAAAACGUAUAAGGAGAAACAUGAGCAGACGUUCUUCAAGUCUGUAGACUUGCUGCAGAAAAUAGAAAAUUUGAGUUAUAAGGAAGCCGAGGAUAAACUUCUCGAUGUUCUAGUCAAGGUUACCUUCAUUGAAAUAACUUUGACAUUGAAAGGAAAGCAAGAUUCCGCAGAGAUAUUCGAGAAUCUUCAAAAAUUUCAAAACGACGAACCGGUCAUCCCAUUCUCCACCGCCGAAGACGUGGAAUCCUUUUGCGAUUCUAUGAAACUAGUCUUCCGCAAAGAUUUAUCCAAGAAAUAUCGGAAUACUGGAAACCAAUCAAAACGAUUUAUUCAAGAAGUAAAAACUCGGCUUGAACUCGGAGAAGUAAUUGAUGAAAUCACCAUAGACGACGUGAUCCAAGAAUUCCGCACCACAGUCGUCAGCGAAUCAGCCCAAAAAUUUGCCGAAAUGGAAAUCCAACUGGACUUCUCCUCACUCCGACAACUGGCGGUGGCUGUCAGUGGAUUCAAAUUUGAAGGCGGAGAAGGACGUCUUUACUUGGAUGAAAACGCAGCAAACUGUCUUGACCUAAAUCUUCCGAUAUUCUGCGAAACGAUCCAUUUCAAUCACCAACUCAAGAAAGAUUUGUCACGACAUGUGUCGGGAAUCUUUAUGCUGAACACAACGAGAUUUCCAAAACGUUCACAGUACUUCAUGAGCAGUGAAGAAUUGUUUCAAACCGAGGCGUCGCUGUACCGACAACACUUGAACACGGACAGCCCUCACACUUUCAGCACCAUGGCAAAUACAUGGAAAAGGAUGGGUCAAGCCGAAUCACCCCAGCGACAACAUCGAACUGUUCAGAGUCGAUCAAGUUCCGGUCAGCUUGAUAAACAACUUCGCAACAGGAAACGCUGGGAGUAUCAUCUUCAACGGGCAGAGAAAAGAAUUCAACAUGCGGAAUGCUACCAACCUUUUAAAUAG